AUGACAACCGCCACCAAUUCUCAUAUCAACAAUACCAUUGUUGGAAAAAGCGAAGCCAUUAUUGAUGAAGCAUACAUAACCGACAGUGAAGGUCACAUUGUUUUUCUAAGGAAAAAAAAUUCCAUCAAUGAUGUCGCUCAUGUUAUUAAUAAAACGACUACGGGACAAAAUGAAGUGGAGAACACACAAGACGCCAACGCAGAUGUGAAUCAGGUGACCCUUGCGGAAACUAAGAGCAACGCCAACCACCCGGAUCCUGAAAUAAAUAAAUCGAACGAG